CUUUCAGAUUCAAAUAUCUAGUGGUCCAACCCAGGUACUUGUUAUACGGCUAGCUAGGAAGAAGACUGCUAAAGUGCAUAUAAACGGAAGCUUGUAAAAUGUCGCUCGAAUCCAAUGGAGUUGAGCGAACGGAUUAUCCGUGGAAAAAAUGCGUGGUUGAAUACAGCUCGAUGACCAUCGAUGAAGAGGAAUAUCGGAAGACAGCCAAGAGUGACCCUCUGUGGGCCAAUGUCAAGUCGAUCAAGGAAAAACACCCCAUGAUCUGGGAGGUCUAUAAUUCACAGGUGACUGAACUGGUGAAGGAGGAAGAGAAGGUGUGGGAGUCGGAGGAAACUAAGAAGAAACCCUACUGUAGAUUCUACAACGACAGGGCCUACAUUGUACUCUGUUGGCACAAGGCUGCAAUUACAUUCAUUCAUGAUCUUCACAUCUGGGUGUCUAAGCAUUGUUCAAGCCAGGAUUACAAAUUAGCAACCAUCAAGGCAGARCAGCUCAACCUGUUUCUUGACGAGAAGCCGAUCUUGCACCGCGAAAUUCAGCUCGAAGAAUCUGACACCUUUCACACUUACUUCAAGGUUGAAGUGAGGAGAAAACCAAAAGACAAAAGCGAGGCCAAAACGAAGUAUGACAAAUGUUGCCUUCUUCAAUUCCACGAAGAGGAAGCUGGACUGAAAGGAAAGAAGAAGCAAUGGAUGGUAGAGAGGAAAUUCCUUCAAGGGAACUUGUGCUCUGAUGACGUCUUUGUCAUCAUGAACGAAUACUUCAUGUACCUGUGGGAAGGCAAAAAAAGCAUCAAGGAAGAGAAGGACGCUGCUGAGGAAUAUAUCAGGCAGAAAGAGCGUGCUUCCACACUAAGGUUCAAGUCAGUUGUCAGGGACAGUUUCGAAGACAAAGAUCAUCCUGCUUAUCACCUCUUUCCCACCAARGGAAAAACUUAUAAAGCAACACCGGACAACACACCAAAAAACCCCAUCAAGAGGCUUUAUUAUUUGACGAACAAUAAUGGCAAGCUGCUGAAUCGUGCUAUCGAAGACACCAGGACAAUUUGCAAGUCCAACCUGACCAGCAAUUGCAUCUAUCUCUUGGAYACGGAAUCUCAACUUUAUGUCUGGAUCGGUAGCGAAGUCAGCUAUCAGGAACGAUGCCGAGCCCUCUUUGUUGCUGAGACUCUGGUCAACGAAGAGAACCCAUAUCUCUUCUUUGAUCGUGCCUUGAUGCGUUAAUCAAUAUUAAUUGAAUCAGUCUCCAGAACCAGAGCCGUCCCAUUCUUCAAUAACAACACUCUUURCAACUUAAAAACAAUUUAAGAAAAACACAUUAGCUUACGAUAAAAUACUAAUAAAACUUAGCUUACGAAGUUAGAAUAACUACAAUCGCCUAAAAAACUGUUCCAUGAUCAAURCAUUUAAGGAUAUAGUUCUUGCACUGUAUCGAGAGUCGAUUAAACCAAAAAAGCAUGCAGUCAUUAGUUAAGUUUGUAGUUAUCAUAGCACACUUUCUYAUUUUAUGACUUAAAUUUCCUCCAAAGCCGAAUGUAAAAACCUUUUCGUACCUAGAUCUUACUCGUUAGACGAUUUGGAAAAUGAGUAGGGUUUGGGUACGAAAAUGCAUCCAAUUCCCAUUCUUUUCCCAGAUCCUCCUCGGUUGUCGUUCCUUCCCCUUUGACGGRGAGGAGCGACAACCGAGGAGGACCUGGGAACGAGAAUGAUCCUAUUCCGCAUCAAGUGAUUCUAUUGCUUUAAGACGUACAAAAAGGCACGUUGGAUUAAAAAAAAGCCCAGGGCUCAGGAGGUCUACGCCAAACAAUAAAUCUCUCAAACCGUGAGAACCUGGGACCUGCUUUUGAAAAUAGCCUACAACUUUUCGCUCCAGGGUUUUUCGAAGUAGAUCUUUCCACUAAAACGCGACUAAAUACGACUAAAUACCCCCCCCCCCCCCUUGGAAGUUGAAAGUAUACCACAUUGCAUCACGAAAAAUUAAGCUAUCAGAUAAGGCUGGCACAUGUCUUUCUUUAUGUUUUUAUCAAAACUAUAGUUAAAAUAUGUUUCUACAUAGAGUACUACGUGUCGGCUAGGACUGAUUUCCAGUUUUUCUCGGCUGAAAAUCAGGUUUGGCCGCAUUAUUAGAAAUGCUCUAACGAUAUCAGUGUCUUUAUCUACUAACUCGUAGAUCACGCGAUCAAAUGGCUGGGAUAAUAAAACCGGUGGUGAAAAUAAAAAUAAAAAUAGCAUAAGUUGCGCAAUUGAACUGUUGAAUUAAAGAAAACAAUACUUCUC